UUAAGUUUGUAAGAGACUGAGACAGAGUGAGCGGCGAAAGAUACAGAGAAAUGAGUUUCAAUUCAAAACCCAUCAAGCUCUUAACCAGACUCACUUUCUACAAACCUCACUCCCACACACCACCCUUCAUCUCAUCAACCUCAAAACCCAACAACAACAACAACAACAACAUUGUCACCUCAAUAUGCAACUCUUUCAGAACAAAACAGAAUUGGGACACCAUCACCCAAAAAUUCACCUCCAUCCAACUAACCAAUCCCUUAGUAGAACAAAUCUUGUCACAACUCAAAACCCCAACCGACGCUAAAAACGCAUUAUCAUUCUUCCACUGGUCCUCCAAAACGCACCGUUUUCAACACACUCUUCAAUCUUACUCAAUAACCAUCAACCUCUUACUCCACGCAAAUUUAAUCACCGACGCUAAAGCAUUACUCCAAUCCCUCGCUAAUCAAAACACCGAUUCCGACUCGGUUCGCGCGGUUGUCGAUUCUCUAAUUCACACUUCCGAGUUCGUUUCUUCCGGUUCUCACCCGCCGGUUCUCGAUCUGUUAGUUAAAGCAUACGCGAAAUCGAGAUUAACGGAAGCUGCUUUCGCCGUUUGUUGUUACGUUGAUGAAUUAGGGUUUUGUAUCGGUUUAUCGAGUUUUAAUAAUUUGCUUCAUGUUGCUAUGAAGUGUGACCGUUUUUCAACUGUUUGGGAGGUUUAUGGUUACAUGAUUGUGAAAAGAAUUUACCCUAAUAACGUUACGUUGAGGAUUAUGAUUGAUGUGAUUUGUAAAGAGGGAUUGUUACAGAGGAAUGUUGAUGUAGUGGAUCGGAUUAUCGGGAAGCAGAAUUCAAAUUCUCCUUCGGUUGUUGUUAAUUCGAGUUUGAUAUUGAGGAUGUUGGAGAAUGAAAAAGGAGAAGGUGAGUUGGUUAAGUUGGUUACGUUGUUGAAGAGAUUGUUGCAGAAGAAUUUGAUAAGUGAUUCGGUUGCUUACUCGUUGAUUGUUCAUGUUAAGGUUAGGUUAGGGGAUUUGGACUGUGCUUUAGAGAUGUAUGGUGAGAUGGUGAGAAGAGGUUUUAGUGAGAAUUCGUUUGUUUAUACUUCGUUUAUUGAAGCGUUUUGUGAGAAGGGGAAGAUUGAAGAAGCGAUUGGGUUGAUGCGGGAAAUGGAAGGGAAGGGGUUGAGACCUUAUGGUGAGACUUAUGAGUGUGUUAUCGUUGGGUGUGCAGAUACGGGACGGUUGAAAGAGUGUUGGAGUGUUUUUGAGGAAAUGUUGAGUGCUGGGUUGGUUCCUAGUUGUUUGUUGUUUGAUAAGGUGGCGGAGAAGGUUGGUGAGAAUGGAGAUGUGGAGAAGGUGAAUGAUGUUUUGACUGUGUUGUUAGAUAAAGGGUUUUUGCCGAGUGGUGUUACUUAUACUCAUCUGAUAAAUGGUUAUGCGAGAAAUGAUAAGGUUCAGGAUGUUCUUAAGAUAUAUUAUGAAAUGGAGUAUAAGUCUAUGUGUCCUGGAUUGUCUGUUUAUUCGUCGAUGAUUCAGUGUUUGUGCCGUUUUGGAAAGGUUGAAGACGCUGAGAAGUAUUUGAGGAUUAUGAAAGGUCGAUCGUUGGUUCCAAAUGUAACUAUAUAUGAGACAUUGAUUGCUGGUCACUUGCAGAAGGGGAACCACGAUAGGGCUCUUCAGCUUCGUAAAGAAAUGGCCUCAUUGGGGUUGCAACAUUGUUGAUGUUCCCCAAAGAGGUACUCUGAAACAACAAAGUGCUGGAUGCAUCAGAUUCAGAGACAAUAUUUUGUUUGAAACUUGGCAUUCAAUUCAAUAUGGAGUGAGAUGAUAUUUAAAUACAUAUCGGAUCAAGAAGGGAAGUUCAUAAGCUUUAGACAUAUUGAGUUUGCGACAGCAGAAGGAGCAUAAAAAGCAAGCUUUUGUGACUGCUAGCAUUUCCAAAACAGUCAUAUCAGUGGAAGCAAUAAUGCUACAUAUAUACUUCUAGGAAACACUUAAGGUAAGUAAUUUGACAAUUAAAGUUUAGUUCUUGUUUUCAGCGGAAUUCAUUGUCUCUCCUAUAUCAAUUCAAGUUUUACAACUAGAGAGCCUUCUGACAAGAUGUUCAAGGAAUACUUGGAGGUUGUGUAAGCAAGGGCACCUAGUUAGCAAGUAAUAAGAUAACUACAAUGAAUGAAGGCCAAAAAAUAUAUGGAUGCAAGUACAUUUGACUUUUUAUUGAUAAUUUGGGCAAAAGAAAAGUACGAGAAAGAUAAUCAUAGAAACAAUCAAGAGUAGAAAACAAAUUAAGACAAAUUAGGAUUCCUUCGAAGAAUGGAAUAUACUUAUAGCCAAAAUUAAUAGUUAAAAAACGUUCGUUAUUUUUGCUUGAAGAGAUAGAGCAUGUUGCUGGAAAUAUGUUCGAAAGUGUUCUAUCAGGUGAUGCCAUCUUACUAAAGGUUGAUUGUAUGUCACAAUUGGGCAAAUGAAGAUUGUGUGAAGUUUUUAAGAAAUUGUCACAAAGCUUUGCCAAAACAUGGAAAGGUGAUUGUUUUGGAUUAUAUAAUUCCAGAGGUUCCAAACCCAUGCAAUAUCUCUAAGCAUUCUUGUGCUAUUGACAUUCUCAUGUUUUUGAGACACGGUGGAAAGGAAAUAACUGAAAAAUUCAUAUUGCUUCCAGUAAUAUUUCAGCUCAGGGGUGAUGGAAUUCUAUAAAUAAAAAUUACAUAGCAUUUUACUUGGAUUUUCAAUAUGAUGUAACUUGUAAUCGACACUCUCGAAUAAACUUUAGCAUAUAGGUGAAGUAAUAUACCAAUGCUUAUCUUUAAUUGGAAUUUUUUAAAGUAA